AUGGAAGUCUCCACACUCAUGGACACAUCCCACGGUCCUCCCGCGGCGCAUCACUUGACCCAUCCCGAUCUCACGCAGCCAGGGCCCUAUGGAAUCGAUGUGCACCACUUGACGGCCAAGGUGUUUCUGAACCGGCCAGUGGAGGACCUGAUUCCUGUGCGGUUUCUGAGAAUGGCCGAAAGAACUCCAACCGUCCAACGCAAAGCCUGGAUCUUCCGCAGCGGCGUCGAAGAUGCCCGUGACAUAGACCUCAACGAAUGGUCCAAGAUCGACAUCCGCUACCGGGGCGUUUUCAAGACCCUCGCCAAGGUCCCGUGUUUCAGCAAGGGACUAUGGGAUGGGGGUUGUGAGCUGUGCCAGGUCGAGCUGGAGCAGAAAAAGCCCUGGGCCCAGGCGCAGGUGGUCUAUGCGCUUCUGGAGGAGAUCGGGGACAUGUUGGAUAUCAAGCGAUCCACGGCGGAUGGCAAGAAGGUGUUCUUUCUGAAACCACGUCUACUCGCUAUGCCACUCGAAUACUGGACCGGCUAUCGAGAGAAACACUUCGACGCCCCCGAAACAGCGGGCUUCCUGGCACUGGACUUUAGUCCGGAUGGAGGCAUUGCCAUCCCGAUUCUUCCUGUGUCGACGACUAUGGAAGAAGAAUCACUCGCCUCAGCCCUCAACGGCAAAUUCAAGCUCAUGCUUGGCCAACUCCUACUCCAUGUGCGCCCCCUCCCGCUCCCAGGCGACAAGUUGCCAGACCAAGAGAUCUUUCUGGUGGGACAGCACGGCUCCAAGCUGCAUCUGAUGCGGGCAUUUUUCCCCGGCCAGAAGAUGUCGAGUCUGUGGUGUCGGCGCGAGCUACCCGGUCCGUCUACCAGGCUGCCGCCGGAUCUGGGGCGGGAGGUGCUGUCGGUGUCGGUGCCGAGUAGUCCUGUCGGAAUGAGGGGGUGUCAUGAUCCAGAGGAAGAAGAGGGUGAUAACAAUGCACCAGAGAACAACAACAACAUCAACGACACCUCCUCCACUACCACUGUCAAUGUCCACCCCGAACCAGGUAGACGCCGCAGCAAUAGCACUCGUUUCUACGCCCCGCCCAACAUCGAACGCCUCCGGCAACACCUCGAGCAAACAAAACUCGACACGCUCGACCACGAGCCGAAUCUGCACACCUUCCGCGUCCUGGCCACGCGCGAGUUCGACCUCUGGCACAAAGAUGAUUUCGCCGCCGCCGUCCACGUCCUCACCGCACUGCACCUGUAUCUGCUCAGCGGGCAGGCGCGGUGCGGCACGCUCCAAGAAACCUUUGAGGAUCAUCCGUACCGCGAGGAUGACAAUAACCACAACCAAAGCUACACCCCCAAUCCAAACUACAGACACGCCAAUGACUACAGCUGGAACAACAACUACGAGGCUGGCAGCGACAUUAGCAGAAGUAGCCGUGCCGAGGACGAGCAUGAGGAAGAGGAAGAGGAACGUCAUAGGAGACUACGCGCUGACAUCGAGGCAGAGGAGAUGCGGCUCGCCGAGAAAGAGGAGGAGUUGCGUCGGGAAGAGCUGAUUCAGAGACUUGAGCAGGAGGAGGCGGUGCGCGUGCGGGAGGCGAUGCGGUGGGCUGGGGAGGAUCGCAUUGGUAGUUUGCGGGACUCGAGGCGGCCUUGGUGGGAUUUUGUGUGGGAGGACCGGGAGGGGGAGGGGGCUGGGUAUGGUUAUUCUGCUGGGGAUGAUGCUGAUGCUGAUACUGAGGGUGAGGGUGAGGGUGAGACUGAGACUGAGACUGAGACUCAGGCUCAGACUCAGACCCAAAAUGACACUGCGAUGAAGUACGACCCGGCAAAAUGGUGA